AUGUCGGAAGUUCCACAUACCAGUCAAAUCACCGUGCCGGUGACGUCCCUUUGGGCCAACCGCAAAUGCUUGAUGAUUGCUUGCAUUGUCGCGACCGCCAAUACCCAGUAUGGUUUCGACAGUGCCGCAAUCGGUGCCCUUCAGGCUAUGCCCGGCUUUCUAAAAGUAUUUGGCUUUCCCGACCCUAACAGCCCGGGUGGCUAUGGGAUCGACAGCACCUUUCAACAACUGAUCGGCUCCCUCUUGACGCUCGGUGCCUUUCUCUCGUCGAUCCUCGCUGGGGCUUUCGGAGCCUUUUACGGCCGCAAAACAGCGCUUUGGUUGGCCUGCAUUUUGAAUUGCAUUGGAUUAGCCAUUCAAAUCGGCACCACAAACAAGGGAGUGAUAUAUCUUGGUCGAAUUGUCCUCGGCUUCUCAAAUGGCUUCCUGGUUACCUUCUCGAACAUCUACACCGCGGAAAUUGCCCCGGCUCAUCUGAGAGGGGUGAUGGUGGCACUGUUUGCGUACUGGGUCAAUAUCGGUGCGAUCCUGGGGACCAUUGUGGAUAACUAUACCAAGGACCGUUUGGACAAGGGUUCGUAUCAGAUUCCAAUUGGCAGCCUUUAUAUUGUGCCUGUCCUUUUGGGUAUUGGACUAUUCUUCGUCCCGGAAACCCCUCGAUGGCUGUUGCACCACAAUAAAGAAAGCCAGGCCCGAAAAGCCUUGGAGAAGUUGCGAGCCGACUCGUUGGCUCCCGAGUAUUUCGAACUCGAAUGGGCGGAAAUCAUUCGCGGCGUCGAGGAAGAGAGACGGAUCGCAAAGUCUGUUGGACUGUUGGAUAUGUUCCGCGGUGCCGAUUUGCGACGGACACUAUUGUGCUGGGGUACCAUUCUGACCCAAGCAGGGAGCGGCUCUUGGUUCCCCAUCGCGUAUCAAACAUAUUUCUUCCAAAUCGCCGGCAUCAAGCAAGCUUUCCAGUAUUCCAUCAUGAUCACCUGCAUUGGGUUUGUUGGCGUCAACUGCGGCAUGUACGCCAUGCGCCACCUGGUGGGGAGAAGAUUCAUUUGCAUCUUUGGGUCGGUCGUGACAAGUCUCUGCUUCCUGGGAAUGGCGAUUGCGCAGAGCGUCUCACCUUUCACCAUUGAGACUGGCAAAGUCACGGUGGCAAUGGUCGCCAUUUGGGGGUUCUUCUAUAAUGGAUGUGUCGGCGCCGCGACCUAUCCCGUGGCUACAGAGUUGGUGAGCUCCCGGCUUCGUGCGUGGACUGUGGGGUCGGCAACCUCGAUUCAAUACGUUUUUGCGUGGCUCACCAGUUUCUGCACACCAUAUUUCAUCAACCCGACCGAUCUGAACUGGGGUCCUCGCUAUGGUUACAUCUGGUUCGGAAGUAACAUUGUGUGUGCACUGUUCUACUUCUUUUGCAUCCCAGAGUUGAAAGGGAGAACAUUGGAGGAGAUUGACGAGCUUUUCGAGAAGCGGGUCGGCGUGUUCAAGUUCAAGACCUAUCAGACCGAGAUUCAGGAGAAGGCCUUGCACGACGUUCAAGUCAACACCGGCGCUUUCAUGGACAAGAAGCCCGCAGUGACCCAUGUCGAAGAAUCUGUGGAAAAGAUGGAAUGA